AUGUCGAGUAACUCUAACUCUCGUUCAAUACGAUCUUCAAAGGCCUGUGAGCGUUGCCGUAGACGUAAAAUAAAAUGUAAUGGUCAAACUCCUUGUCAGGUUUGCCGACAACAGACUGCACAAUGCAACUAUCGGCUUGUGAAUCGUCGUCGAAAGAGCAAGUGGUCACCGCCACCCGACACUGAUGGGGGGAUGAUAGAACACCCUAGUGAUAUCGACGAACUUCAAGAAUCAGGCCAACAGUGUUCCUCCACUAAAGACAACAAUACUAUCUUUACAGAGAUUCAUCACGGCAUUAGCGCAAUUCACGACGCACCAGGAAGUUGCACAACGCAGCUAUCUUAUGGGCCAUCCUCAAAUUUUUCCUUCAUGAAUCAAAUCCACAGAUGCCUAAGCACCUCGAAAUCCGAGACUCCUUUAGGUUCCCGAGACGAUGAAGUAUCAAGAGCAGCAGAGAAGAGUCUGGAGUUCUUGGGUCACAAGGCCCACUCCUUUGGCACAGAAAGAGAUGCCACAACUGAAACGGGAUUGUCCAAGUCUAAUAGCGAGCUCUUUCUAUCUCUUGAGCUCGCCGAGACGUUUCUUAGCCAUUUUCUUUCCACAAUUUAUCACCUGUUCCCCGCAACUUCGGCUGUAGAACUCCUUUACAUGGUCAAACAAUUGUUCAAUCGCACUACUACAGCCAGAUUUGACCCCAUGGACGAAACAUUCAUUAUGACGAUCCUUGCUCUCGGUGCAUCUUUGACAGAGAGAAUCGAAUGGGCUGAAACUAUCUUCGACGAAAUCAAAAUCAAAGCCGCAGUCUUAGAUGAGACAGUGAAUUCGUGUAUGGGACGAAGCACUUCCGCGUAUUUUCACCUCGGCAAAGGAGUCCGUAAAGCACUUGCUCUUGGUCUACACAAGGACAGCAAUUCCUCGAAAGGAGCUUCCGGCGCGCCUGACCAAACGCUCGAAAGUAAUUUGACAAUGUGGUCACUAUAUUUUUUUGAAAGUUGGACUUCAUACGGCGAGGGGAGACCAAGCUCGCUAAAUAUGAACGAUAUAUCGAUACCAUAUCCAGAAGACACGUCUUAUAUGUCAGCGCUCAUCCAGCUUGCGAAAAUCAUGUCACGCUCGACUUUGAAGCUUUACUCUCAAGAGCAAACUUCUCUUUUGGCCAUGUGGACCGAGGCUUGCAACAUCCACAAAGAAUUGGAGGCCUUUGCUCACAAGACUAAGAAGCAUUUGCAGAUUGGCUUAGAUGAUCCAGUUCACCAUGGCCAAGUAAACGUACAUCAGGUUCUACUAUCUAAUCUCUAUCACCAUAUACUCGUCCUCACAUUUAGGCCAUUUUUGAUAUUCCACGUGGUAUGGCAGAGGAGAUUGACGUCUGAAUCGAGUAGUGAUGAGCAUUUAGAGACCAUUACGUCAGCUAGCGAGGUAGAAUGGCUGAUCGAAGCUUGUCAACGUGCCUCAGAUGCCGCUCGAUCUUGGAUAUCUUCAUUGCGCGUGGCCAUGGAUGCGAAUCCACUUCUUUGGGGCCUACGAUACAUGGGCUUUUACGUCGAAAGUGCCUGCUACCUUUUGAUAUACGACACAAUACGUGAUAUGGAGUCCGCCAUGAUUAAUAUAUCCUUUAUUAAUGCUGGGUUGAGGUGCUUGUCUCAGAUAUUACCAGGAGAUACUGUCUCCAGUGCCAUCGUAACGAUCAGGAAAAUGGUGGCAGCUCUUCAACAAAAAUAUCCAUCACAAUAUCAAGCGUCAGAGAAUAUACCGACUGCGGCAGUUCCCCUCCUUAAUCUGGAGCAUGCAAUCAUACACGAAGUCUCUUGCUCUAUGUACGAUGACUUGGACGAAGUAGGGUUGAUCGAUUUCGAUUUGACAAGCAUUGGAUGGAAUUUUGAUCAUUUCGUCACUGAUCUUGAUGGCGUCGCUUUAAAUAUGUGA